UUUUCUUCAGGGAAGGAGAGCUCUAUAGUCUGGAGGUCAGUUGUCAUUCCAGGAGAACGCCAGCCACCCUCGGAGCCCCACCAUGUCUGCCGCAGCCGAUGAAACCUCAGAGGACCUGCCCGUGAGGGACACAGGUCUUAACCGUGCUGCAAAUGGAGUCCUCCAAGAGGCUUCAGUAGUCCAGCAUGCAAAGACUCGGCAGGUUGUGUCUCGAAUAAGCCGAGAAGAGCUGGAAGACCGGUACCUUCACUUGCAUGAUGAGAAUCUCUUGCUGAAGCAGCAUGCACGCAAACAAGAGGACAAAAUUAAAAGAAUGGCCACCAAGCUAAUCCGGCUAGUUAACGACAAGAAACGAGCUGAGCAGAUUGGUGGCGGCCCCAAGCGGCUGGGCCAGGACGUGGAGACGGCGGAAAUGAUCGAACAGCUCCACGAGAAAGUGCGGGAGCUGGAGAAGCAAAACGAGGGCCUCCGCAACAGGCUCAUUUCCACCAAGCAGCAGCUGCAGCUACAAGGGCACCGGCAGGCGCCCUACAGCUACGUUCAGGCCCGCAUCAACACCGGCCUCAGGAAGGCAAACGAGGGCGCCAGCAUCCCAGAGCGUGCUAAGAAAGGCCUGAGAUUGCAGGAGGUAGAUAUCAGAUCUCUGAAAUCCCCCCAAGCCUUGCCCCCCAGAUAUGGACAAAGCCUACUUGAUGAAGCGAGAGCAGAAAUAAGAGAUCUAGAGAACUUGGUUGAAUCGCAAAGGGCUCACAAUGAGGAGUUGGAGCGUACAGUAGAAGCACUCAGAAAUGAAAUACGGAAGAAAGAAGAAGAGUUUGAAGAAUCUCUCCUGCAGCUGAAGGAGCAACAGGCAACAGGUCAACGGUUAAGCAUUCGGGACAAUGUUGAAAUGAUCAAACUCAACAAACAGUUGAUGGAGAAAAGCAACGAGUUGGCUGCAGUGGAAGAAAAAUUGCUUCAGCUUCAGGAGAAUCAAAAGAAUCUUAAAGAAAGCCACGAUGUUUUAAUGGCAAAUGGAGACGAACUCAAUUUGCAGCUUAAAGAAGAACGUUCGAGAUGUCUCCUCCUCCAAAAAGAAUUGCAGGCCAUGACUUUUUCAAAGCGGCGAUCAGAAGAGCUGCAAGACAGAAUUAACGAUUUGGAAAAAGAGAGGGACCUUUUAAAGGAAAACUAUGAUAAGUUAUAUGAAAGUGCCUUUGGCGUGACCCACGACCAGCAUUGGAAGUCAAAGGAAUAUCAGCUGAAACUGCAGAUCGCUCAGCUCGAAGCGGCUUUAAAGUCGGAUUUAGCAGACAAAAACGAACUCCUAGACCGAAUCAAAGCAGAAAGAGACGAAAAUGAAAAGCUGGCCCAGGAGAACAAAGAGCUGCAGUUACGCUAUCUGGAGCAAAAGCAACAGCUGGAUGAACUGAAAAACCGCAUGAAGUUUUUCAACAAGGAGAGCAACGUCGAUGUGGCAGAACUCAGCGAGGCUCUCAUGCUUCUCAAGGUUCGUCGGCAGCAGGCGAGGGGCGACCUCACGUUUUUAGAGAAGGUAGAUGAUGACAUUCACAAAGACUUGGAACGGUCCAUGCGGGAGCUCCAAACGACCCACGCAGAAACCAUUCAAGAGCUUGAAAAGACACGCAACAUGUUAAUUGUACAGCAUAAAAUUAACAAAGACUAUCAGGCAGAAGUGGAAACCGUAACACGGAAGAUGGAGGCAUUACAGCAAGACUACGAGUCAAAACUGGAACAGUACGUCCAUCUACUUGAUGUUAGGGCCAUGCGUAUCCGUAAAUUAGAAGCUCAGCUGAAGGAUAUUGCUUAUGGGACCAAGCAGUAUAAAUUCAGGCCCGAAAUCAUGCCAGAUGAUCCAGUUGAUGAAUUUGAUGAAACCGCCCACUUGGAGCGGGGAGAGAACUUGUUUGAAAUUCACGUUGGCAAAGUGAUAUUUUCUGCAGAAGCCGUAAAGGCUUUUGGCGACCAGGAACCCGCAACUUUCUGUACCUACGCAUUCUACGAUUUUGAACUGCAGACGACUCCGGUCGUCCGGGGCCUUAACCCAGCCUACAAUUUCACUUCUCAGUAUUUUGUGCGAGUGGAUGACUUCUUUUUGCAGUACGUGCACAAAAACACCACCACGCUUGAGGUCCACCACGCCUACGGUUUGGACUUUGAAACAGCAGCUGCAUGCCAGCUAAGAUUCCACGAAAUAUUGGAGAAGAAUGGCAGAAUCUACGCUUCGGCCAUUUUAGUUGGAGUUGGAGGAGAUAUCCAAAACUACGGCUCUGUGGAAUACUGGAUCCGAUUAAGGGUCCCCAUGGACCAAGCAGUCAGACUCUAUAAAGAGCGGGCAAAAGCUCUGGGAUACAUAACCACGAACCUCAAAGAUCAGCCAAUCCUCAGUCCUUCCCAAGCCAACACUUCAGCAGAUGGAAACUUAAAUGAGCUCCACGUCACAAUAAAAUGUUGCAGCAACUUGCAGUGCCAAAAGACCAACCUCCAGCCAAACCCAUACGUCGUCUACAAGUUCUUUGAUUUUGCAGACCACGACACGGUCAUCAUUCCUAGCAGCAACCACCCGCAGUUUGCUGACCACAUGUGCUUCCCGGUGCCAAUGAACGCAGACCUUGACCGCUACCUGAAAUCUGAAUCCUUAAGCCUUUACGUCUUUGACGACGGUGAAACGGAAGAUGGGGUUUAUAUUGGAAAAGCAAAUGUGCCCUUAAUUUCCUUAGCUCACGACAGGUACAUUUCAGGUACCUUUGAACUAACAGAUUAUGAAAGCCACUCCACGGGCACCAUUAGCGUGGAACUAAAAUGGAAGUAUGCCUACCUCCCGCCCACUGGUUCAGUCGUGGCGGCCGAUCUAGCAGAUUACAUCCAGAAUGAGAAACCCGUGAAGGGCCAAGGAGAAGCACCAAUCCUAGCUCCUUCUUUCUCUUCACCAGCAACGAGGCCACAGCCUAAGCCAAGACAGCGGCCAGCGCCAGCAGAUAAGAAAGUGUCUUUUGUAGAUGUGGACGUGCUGCCAAAUUCAAGUUCCAUUCCUGAAAAGGAAAACAAAGAGACCAGGCAGAAAACUGAAGAUGAAAAGCUCCUUGUUUCAAACAUUCCACAGGAUGUCUCUGAAUCACAAGCCGAUGGCAGUGAAGAUAAAACUGCAGCAGACGUUCAAGAGGAAAGUGAGGAUCUUUCUCAGCUUUCCGAAGGUCAGUUUGCCGACCAGAGUUCAGCUACUUCAGAGGAGGAAACAGAAAUUACUGAGGAACUGGAACCAGAAGAUCAAGAUGAUAGACAGGCAACCGAUGCAGCUGACUCUGUAACAGACAGUGAUGACUGCGUCGUUCCAAGUCCAGAAUCCAUGAGUCUGAAGCAGUCUGCUGAAAAAAUCCGGAUUGAAAUCAUAUCCCUCAGUCUCUCGGAAUCCCCGAUCACGGCAGAUAGCACGAUACAGCGUCUCUUUGUGGAGUGCAAGUUCUCCAGUUUCCCGGCUGAUGAAACACCGGUGUCACUUCCAAAACCCAGAAGCGGGCAGUGGAUCUACUACAAUUACAGCAGUGUGAUCCAUGUGGAUGAGGCCAAUAACAAAGGCAGGCGAGAUUUCCUCAAGGCCGUGCUUCAAGGAUCCGAGCCCCAUCCGGGAAGCAUACGAUUUACGGUGGUAAGUGACCCACCAGAAGAUGAACAAGAUCUUGAGUGUGAAGAUAUUGGCUUGGCAUACGUCAGCCUAAGCGAGAUGUUUCAGAAAGGAAAGGACAUAAUUGAACAAGACAUUGAUGUUUUGGAUUCCCAAGAUGAUGGGACGGUAAUCGGAAAGCUCAAAAUAACGGUGGAGGCCCUGCACGCCCUGUGCUCAGUCCGUCAGGAACUCUGAAAUGGCUGGAAGGCUGAAAUACAAGUGCCUCCGUUCACCGGAUGCUGCUUCUCCCAGCGUAACCUGCAUCGGAGAGCUUGUGGAACACUGGAAGCUACUACAGUAUAUUUAAUGUAUAAUUUAUAUGUAUUGGAGGCAUAAUUUUCACAUGUAAAGUUUGUAUAAUUUUUCUGUCUGUUUGGUUUACAUAGGAGUGUGAUAUGUAUGUGUGUGUGUAUAUUACACACACAUAUACACACACACACACAUAUAUAUAUAUAUACAUAUACAUACAUUCUUCCCCAAGUCUGCAGCCCCCACAGUGGACACCAGCUUGUGAAUAAUUAAUACCUACAUGAUUGAAUGGUGUGCCUUUAUUUGCACUUUCAAUAUUUUUUUUGCCUUACAUAAAACAGUAAUAAAAAUGCAAGUCAAAUUUUUAAAUUUUUAAUAAAAAAAAAAACCUUAAGCCUUAGAAAACUGAUUAAAAAUACUUUUAUGUUAUCCCUAAUCACCCCGCUAAAUGGAAUGCCUGCGAUUAGCCUCAUUAAGAAUUUUUAUACUGUGAAGCUUUUAUUAGAAGCAAUAUAUGAAAAUUACUUGGAUUAAUGUGUUAAUCUGCCUCUUUAAAAUGCUAAUAUCCAUUUUAUGCACAUUAAAUCUCAGUAUGCGUUUUCUUUGAUGCAUACCGUUUCUAUCAAUUAAAUAUAAAGAACCAGGCUGGUCCCAAGAUUUAUUAAAUUACUGCAAGCUUUGAUAAAAAAAGAAACACACAACUUUUGCCCUUUUGCUAAUGUUAUAAUCAGUUGUUUGCAAUGAUCAAGUUUGGAGGCAGGGUGUUGCCUAAAAUCCUAGAGGUUUUUUGGGUGGGGAGGGUUUUUUUUGUUUUUGUGCUUUUUUCAUGAGCAGGAGUGGAGAUACGCAUAUUGUAACUAACUGGUAUCAAAGUGUAAGACAAAACUAUAAAAGAAUCAGUCAGAUUGUCUUACCCUUUGGGCUGGCCACGUACUUCCACCACCAUCCUUAAAUCAAAUCAUAUUCUAAACUUACAUCAAACUUGUAAGAUGAACGGUUGUAUCCUGGCAAUCGGUAGAUGAAAAUAGACCAGAAACUCAAUUUUCCAGCUUUCAGUCAAUUGCAAUGAAGGAUUUAAUUGAUAUUUUAAUGGAGCUGUGAAUUAGCUCUGCAAAAAAAGAAUGGUGUCUUAGACAGUAAUCAUAUAUUUAGUUGCAUUUUAUUUAUUUUAAUGCAUACUUAUUUUUUAUCUGUUUCUUUAAAAUGGAUCUGAUAGGUAGCGGGGGUUUUCCUCUGUUUGCAAAACAGGCUAUAUUUCUUUUGUAAGCAUAUGUAAAGUAUUCAGAAAGAUAAGUAAUUUAUUAAAAUCUACCUAAUUUGCCGUGAUAUAUUAAAUCUCUGC